CCAAAUAACUCAGACUCUCUGAACGAUGGAAACCUGAUAUUUGACCACCGUGCUGCAGGCUAUGAUUCCAUACCAUCAAACACUAACAUUUUCACUCUGGCUUUAUUUGAUGGGGUGGAAUCUAUAGCCUACUGCAAUGUGGUCAAACUGUCUCCUUGAUCCAUUUUCUUCACUACAAAGCACCAUCUCUGUACCCAAAGUCUCCAUUUCUAUACCUUCACUUUCACUCUGCUAUCAAACACAGACCCAAAAUGGUUUAUCUUUUAUGUGGGAUUUUGGUGAUUUAGGCUUGUUGUUUGGAAGAGGGUUCAGGCUCCAGACCAAUGUGGUUUUGUGUGGCUUGGUUUUGAGUAGUUGGGUUACUUUGGUUCAGUGGUGUCAGGAAGAGAGAGAUAGAUUCGGGUUGUGUUGGUGGGUUUGGGGUUUAAGAGAGGAAUGCAAGUAUGGGGGUUUGAGGCGUAGCUUAAUCCAACAAUGGAGACUAUAACAUGGAGAAAACGAAGACUAAGAACUGGAACAAGAUUCCUAUUCAGCUAUCUCUGUUUCUUCCUCACCGGCUCGGGGCCUCAACUUUCGAGUCACAUGAAGAGAACCAAUUUCGAGCAAAACUCUAGCCACAAUGAAGAUGGAUCAAGGUGGGUUGAUCUUCUUAAUCAGAGGGUAUGGUCACAAGAACUUGCUAGCACCCCACCCAGAGGUUGGAACUCCUAUAACGCAAUCAGCUGGACUAUUACAGAGGAAGAGUUCUUGCAAAAUGCUGAAAUCAUCUCCAAGAAGUUACUUCCUCAUGGAUAUGAGUAUGUAGUUGUGGACCAUCUGUGGUAUAGGAGAAAUGUGACCUGUGCUAGUGUAGACUCUCUCGGAGUUGAUGUAAUUGAUGAAUGGGGGAGACCGAUGCCUGACCCAGAUAGGUGGCCUAGCUCCAGAGGUGGGAAAGGGUUUACUGAAGUGGCAGACAGAGUACAUAAAAUGGGUUUGAAGUUUGGAAUUAAUGUUAUGAGAGGAAUAAACACACAAGCUGUAAAAGCCAAUACCCAUAUCUUGGAUCCUCUCUCGGGGAAUGUUUAUGAUUAUUUCAAUGGAAAAAUUUGGACUGCACAAGAUAUAGGGAUCAAGGAGAGGACUUGUGCUCGGAUGCAAAAUGGUUUCAUGAGUGUGGAUACAACCUUGCAAGCUGGAAGGUUCUUCUUGGCAGACCUCUAUCAACUGUAUGCCAAUUGGGGAGUUGAUUUUUUGAAACAGGACUGCGUGUUUGGUAAUGACUUGGAUAUGAAUGAAAUAUAUCAUGCAUCAUGGCUUUUGAGGAAUGAUAGACCUAUAUUGUAUUCUGUAUCUCCUGGAAUUGGAGCAACACCCAUGAUGGCCAAAAGUGUAAGUGGUGUAGUGAACAUGUACAGUAUAAACGGGCAUAACUGGGAUGACUGGGAAGAUGUUGUUGCCCGUUUUGAUGUUGCCAGGGAUUUUGCUGCUGCUAAUAUGAUUGGAGCAAACAGCUCGUGGCCUGACUUAGAUAUGCUUCCCCUGGGAUGGCUUAGUGAUGCAGGUUCAAAUGAAGGUCCACACAGAACAACUAACCUCACAUUAGAGGAGCAAAGAACUAUGAUGACCUUGUGGUGCAUGGCCAAGUCUCCUCUCAUGUUUGGAGGAGAUCUGAGAAAGCUUGAUGAUACAACUUACAGUAUCCUAACAAAUCCUACCUUGCUAGAGGUCAAUUCUUUUAGCUCAAAUAAUAAGGAGUUUCCAUACAUAAAAUCUGAAGGACUUCGCUCUUGGGUUGCAACUGGAAGACAACGAGAAAUAUAUGUUGCUUUAUUUAAUCUGAACUCAAAGAAGACUACUAUAACCGCACAAAAAUCAGACUUAGCCAGGGCACUUCCUGGGACAACAUUGACUACUAGAGCUUCCUGCAAAGGCAAAGAAGUAUGGAGCCGACUAGACUUGGGGAUUAUAGACCACUCCAUAUCCAUUGCUGUAGAAACCCAUGGGACUGCACUAGUUGUCCUACAUUGCAAUUAGGUUAGUGUAGAUAAACCAAAACAGAUAAUUCUUAGUUUCAGCUUGUUUUUGUAUUCGGAUCUUAAGCUUGAAACUGUUAUUUCUGUACCAUAUAUGCUCAGAGUGUUGAUGCAAAAUUUCGUUUGCACCAAGUCAACAGGGUUCCGUUGAAAUCCGGGGUGGGGUAGGAUCUUGGAUGUGGGGUUUAUCUUCUCUCCAUAGGGUUGAGCGGUCGAUUCAACGUAGUGCUGGCCUGUCAGGCUCCGAUGAUCAAAUCAGAAAGUGAGAAGGAGGAGAAGUGUUUUUGGUAUUUUU